UGCUGUGGUCGUCUUAUUGUGAAAAAGACAAGAAUUAUCACCAGAUAUGACAGUCUCUGGACUUGUAAUUUAUAUUAAUAGAUACAUUACUAUAAAAUAUUAAAGUUAUUUUUCCAAGUUAAAAUAUUAUUUAGUAAGACUCUAGGAACCUGACCACAUGGGGUUGCACCAACAAGAUAUAUUUUUAAGGGUCAGAUCAGGUAGAAAGAGCCCCUAACUGUACAUUUAAACAUUUAAACUUUGACCAUGUGCCUAUAGUUAGCUCAAACGAAUAAAUUAUGUUCUCCGAGCCUUACUAAUGUCCCCAGACGUCAGAACAUAGAUUGGUAUUUUCCCCUUUGCUUUGUCAAGUUUAAAUGCAACAUCUGCUUUGGAGCAGAACAUGAGGUCAGAGAAAGAAAACCGCUGAUGUUGGAGUGACAGGAUCGCAUGAGGGCAGGAGGCCUGCAAAUAAUUUCCUCCUCAGGGUAAAACAAAACACAAACAAAACAACAUGGCAGGUUAAUAGGUGUUUAGAUAGACUUGUCUCCAGCUGCCAGUAGACUCCACUGUGAAGAGUUAAACAGAGCUAGUAGGGUGAACAUUUUUCUGGAGAUUAUUACUUUACUAAGUUAAUAUUUCUACAUUUUCUGGUGUUUUGUGUAUUUUUGUGUAAUUAGAUUAUUGUAAUUUCUAUUAGUGCAUCUGUGUUAUAGACUUUCUGGAUCAGCCACUGCAGUAAUUCAAACAGGAACCCAACAAGAACAUGCAUUUUGAUCCAGCUUCCAAGUGAAAUAUGUUCAUACUGUCUCUCUUCUGGGUCAUUCCUGGGUUUGCCAUGUGGGUCAAAAUUUGUAAUGAUCACUGGCUGUGGUUUCUAUACACGUUACGAGCUUCCAAGAGUCAGCUAGAUCCAAAUCGGCACUGCAAAGCAAAGGGGCUUUACUAAACCAACUCUGAAAGAAACCUCCUGCUUCUGCAAUUUUUUUCACACCAUCUGCCUAUGAAAUAUUUCAGAUGUCUGGAAGCAUAGCUUUAUAACUGGCACAAACUGAAUAAUUUAGGCUAGUACUGUGUAACAUAUGAAGAAAGCUGACAAAAAUGAACACAGGUUAAUAUUGAAAUAUUUAUUCAUGAUGCUUCUGUUCAGCCGGUUCACGCUGUGAUUUAAUUUUCUAAUUCAGUUCACUCCUGCUAAGUUUGAGAACGACGACUCCAUCAUGUAGUGGAUUCCUAUCUGGAAUAUGAUUUAUUGCAUUUUCAUAGAUGAAAUGUGAAUCUGUUUUAGGCUGUUAGAUCUCAAGCUGACUUCCUGUGUGCACAGCGCAAUCUGGCUCCUUACAUUUGUUUGCACUGCAGAUGCCUCAGUGAUUUUAGAUGUGAUGUGGUCUGACAAGGGUGUGCAUCUCUCUCUCUCUGUGUGUAUUUGCUUUUGUCGUUGUGUAGACGAAGACCCAAGAUAUUCUGAGGACACAAGGCCAUAACCAGAGUGAGAAGCUUGAUCCAUCUAAAAAAAAACCAUGAGGUGCACCAUGAGGAGGAACUGAUUGCAUUAUAUGGUUAGAAAACACAGUACAAAGCCAGGAUGAAUGUGAAAAGGAAAGAGAUGGAUUUCUUGAGCAACACUAUUGCUGCUUAUGCUCACAUUAAAGCCAAUCCAGAGAGUUUUGGCCUUUACUUUGUCAUCGGCGUCUGUUUUGGCCUGGUGCUCACUCUCUGCCUCCUGGUCAUCCGCAUUUCCUGCAAGCCUCGGACCACUACGGCGCCCCCCACGCCGGAGAAAAAACAGCUGAAAGACUAUAGUGAGGAGGAGGAGGAAGACGAGGAGAGCGAUGAUGAGGAGGAGGAAGAUGCAGGAGGCCUGGACUCCUCCAUCCGGCACAGCACCACAGAGAUCCCCAUGAGCAACCAUCUCAUCACGCCGGACGGGACACUGAGCAGGAACGUGUUCACCUCAGCCGAGGAGCUGGAGCGGGCACAGCGAUUGGAGGAAAGGGAGAGGAUCAUCAGGGAAAUCUGGAGAAACGGACAGCCGGACAUCCUGGGAACAGGGACGGGCACUAUUGGAAGAGUGCACUACUACUAACACUCCUGGACAUUUCGCUGGCUGAGUGCAGUACUUUGAAAGACUGUUAAUGGACAGCGUUUGCAAUUUUUUUCAUAUGUUAUUGUAAUCCUACAGACCACGGGUACAGCUGUUCUGUAUGCAACAUUUGGACCGGGCAAGUUGCUAUCAGUUCCUAAGUCAUGGUGCUUAUUAAAAAAAAUCAUCUUA